AGCGCGCGCGCGUUGAAGGCAGUGAAGGCAGUAAGGGAAGCGGCAGCGGUGGCGUUCCCUCAGCGACGCAGCAUCGUCAUCAGAGAGAGAGAGAGAGAGAGAGAGAGAGAGGUGAAUAGGUGGCUGCAUCAUUCCGGAUGGCUGCCUCCGGAUCAGCAGCGGAAGGAGGAGAUGAGCUCGUGCUGCACGGAAGGCGGCUCACUCGCCUCGUCUCCCCGCACGGAAGAGCCUCAUCCUUGGCUUGAGGUUGCAAGGAUCUACCGCUGAAAUUUCGGCACCAUGGAUAAAAAUCAAGCAGGUCAUCUUUUGAAAAUGAUGUAAGCAUCCUGAGCCCAUUCCUCAAAACAUCUGGAAAACUCUAGCAUGCGCUGUGCGAUGGUAACAUGACCAGAAAAUGCUUGCCAGUCAGCCAGUACCUUUCUUUAGCCUAGGUUGGUGAAGCAUCCGAGACUUUCUCCCACACAUGUACGCCGUUUGCCAUGAAUCUGGCCGUGAAGCUGCGGAGGAAUCUGAGAAGGCUGGUUAUCCUCCUCGCCACCUUCUGCAUGGUCAGUGUAAUAGUCUCCGCCUAUUACCUCUAUACGGGGUCAGCCCAGGAGCUGGAACUGACGGACCAUGGCGUCGGUCCUGACUGUGCUGAACUGCGGGUGCUUCCUUUCCGACCGGUGGAGCUGCGGAUACCCAAACCCAUGGACCCUUCACGGAAGGAUCCUGUAGUGUUGGUGUUUGUUGAGAGCCAGUACUCCCAGCUGGGGCAGGACAUUAUCGCUAUUCUAGAAUCCAACCAGUUUCGCUACCAAGCUGAGAUUGCACCUGGCAAAGGGGACAUCCCACCACUGACUCACAAGGGUCAUGGGAGAUAUGCACUGGUCAUCUACGAGAACGUGCUCAAGUACGUGGGUAUGGACGCGUGGAACCGUGACCUUCUAGACAAGUAUUGUGUUGAAUACAGUGUUGGACUUAUUGCCUUUCACCGUGCUAGUGAGAACUCCCAACCUACCAUGCACCUCAAGGGCUUCCCCCUAACCUUACAAACCAACGUACCCCUGUGCGAUUGUUGUGUUAAUCCGCGCUCACCACUGCUUUACGUCACCCGAGCUGAAGUGGAUCGAGGACCACUUCCCGGUGAAGACUGGACCGUAUUCCAGUCCAAUCACUCCACUUACGAGCCUGUGCUCCUCGCCAGAUCACGGCUUAGUGCGGAUGAUUCCAGCGGAAGGAUGGUAACUGGGCUCCAGGCCACUGUGAUUCAGGACUUAGGGCUUUAUGAUGGGGUCCAAAGGGUGCUGUUUGGGCAAGGUCUGGGCUAUUGGCUGCACCGACUCAUACUUGUGGACGCGAUCGCGUACCUCACGGGCAAGAAACUAUCACGCUCGUUGGAACGGUACAUCCUGGUGGACAUCGAUGACAUCUUUGUAGGAAAGAAAGGGACAAGGAUGAAGGUGGACGAUGUGAAGGCUCUACUCGAGACCCAGAACAUGCUACGAACUCAAAUCUCAAACUUUACCUUCAAUCUGGGAUUCUCGGGCAAGUUUUUCCACACAGGAACUCAGGAGGAAAAUGACGGCGACGAUCUCCUGCUGAAGUACGUCAACCAAUUCUGGUGGUUUCCUCACAUGUGGAGUCACAUGCAGCCUCAUCUCUUUCACAACGAGUCGUCGCUGAUGGAGCAGAUGAUCCUCAACAAGGACUUCGCACUGGAGCAUGGUAUUCCUGUAGACAUGGGCUACGCUGUAGCGCCUCAUCACUCGGGUGUGUAUCCCGUGCACAUGCAGCUGUACGAAGCAUGGAAGAGGGCAUGGGGCAUCCGAGUGACCAGUACUGAGGAGUAUCCUCACCUGAAACCUGCACGAUACCGCAAGGGCUUCAUCCACAACCACAUCAUGGUGCUGCCACGUCAGACCUGUGGCUUAUUCACACACACCAUCUUCUACAAGGAGUAUCCCGGAGGCCCAAAAGAGCUGGACAAGAGCAUCAAAGGAGGAGAACUUUUCCUGACUGUCCUACUAAACCCUAUCAGUAUCUUCAUGACUCAUCUGUCUAACUAUGGGAACGAUCGAUUGGGUCUGUACACUUUUGUGAACCUGGCCAACUUCCUGAAGUGCUGGACCAAUCUGAGACUGCACACACUCCCACCUCUGCAGCUCGCACACCACUACUUUACCCUAUUCCCUGAGCAGAGAAACCCACUCUGGCAGAACCCAUGUGAUGACAAGAGACACAAGGAUAUCUGGUCUAAAGAGAAGACCUGUGACAGGCUCCCCAAGUUCAUGGUGGUUGGACCUCAGAAAACUGGUACCACGGCGCUCUACCUCUUCCUCCUAAUGCAUCCGUCCAUCUCCAGCAGUUUCCCCAGCUCCAAGACCUUCGAGGAGGUGCAGUUCUUCAACACGAACAACUACCACAAAGGAAUCGACUGGUACAUGGAGUUUUUUCCAGUUCCAUCGAAUGUCAGUACGGACUUCCUGUUUGAGAAAAGCGCUAGUUACUUCCCCUCAGAGGAGACGCCCAAGCGAGCCGCCGCCCUGCUGCCCAAAGCUAAAAUCCUCACCCUGCUAAUCAACCCGUCUGACAGAGCCUACAGCUGGUACCAGCACCAGAGGGCCCACGAGGACCGCGCAGCACUUCGUUAUAGCUUCUACGAGGUGAUUUCAGCCAAUCAGCACGCACCGUCAGAGUUACGGUCCCUGCAGAACCGCUGCCUCGUCCCCGGGCUCUACGCCACACACCUGGAGAGAUGGCUCACCUACUACCCACCUGGCCAGCUGAUGAUAAUAGAUGGACAGCAGUUGAGGAACGAUCCCGCAGCCGUGAUGGACGAAGUGCAGAAGUUCCUGGGCAUCUCUCCGUACUUCAGCUACUCGCAGGCUCUCACAUUCGAUCCUCAGAAGGGUUUUUGGUGUCAGCUGCUGGAUGGAGGAAGAACGAAGUGUCUGGGCAAAAGCAAAGGUCGCAAAUAUCCUCCUAUGGAUGCUGAGGCUCGUCUUUUCCUCUCUCAUUUCUACCGGGAUCAUAACAUCGAGCUGUCGAAGCUCCUCCACAGACUCGGACAGCCUCUCCCAGCGUGGCUACGUGAGGAACUGCAAAAGGUCAGGUAGCAUUUAGUCUACUGACCCUGGGUCAAAGCUGAAAGGGGUCAUGACCGCAAAGGACACUGCACUUGGAGGGAAAGAGACAAGAGUCAGACAGAGGGACAGUGAGCGGCACUGCUGGACCUGAAGAAGUGCUGGAUUGUGGGAGUGAUGCUGCAAAGGCAAUACAUGAAGAGAGAGAGAGAGAGAGAGAGGCUGAAAAAAGUCAGAGUGUAUGAUCAAAAACUGGUUUUAUUCCAUAAUGCAUUCAAAUCCAAACUGGGAAUUCUGCAUUUUCACAUUUCUCUCAAACUAAUAAAUAAUUGCUCUCUCUCUCUUUGUAUACUUUAAGAAUCAAUCUUUUGCCAGCUCCUGAAAUGAAACCAGUUCUCAGUGAUGGUCUGAUGCUGGAGAAAGACUCCAUUACAGCUCCAAGUUCCGGUCAUAUCAACCAUCAUCACAAUCGAAAGUUUAAACAAACCUAACAAGACCUCUUUCUUUUCUGUUUCCUCCUCCGACACGACCACUGCUCGUAUCCUCUUUUCUCAUUUCAACAUGAACUCUUUAGCAAACAGCAGACAAGAAGAAGACAUAAUGUGGACACGGGACACGGCUCCGGAGGUGAAGCUGCUGGUUAAUGGAGUGUCACAGCUCUGAGUCUUAAUCAGCAGAGUUCAAUGGACUCGGGAAAAAAGAAAGCAAAGGAAAUAAAUACAUUUAUUCUGAAUUAACACUGAAUGGAAGAGCUCACUGGUGAUGCAAUGCUGAGAGCAGUGUGUGUGUGUGUGUGUGUGUGUGUGUGUGUGUGGAGGCCGGAGUUUCCCUGCGUGAAAGUUUCCUGCUCUUUAUUUUUCUUUUCGCCUCAUUGGUGCAGAACUGCUCUGGAAAUCUGUACAGAAUAUAUUAUAAAUAUGUAUUAAACA